AGGCAAAACUAAUCAUGCGAUUGCUGUGGCUUGUUGCUGUGCUGUGUCUCUGGUGUGCAUACGCAGAAGAAAAAGCUGGCACUACUUGGAAUCGGAUAUAUGGCGGAUUAAAAGUUGUGUCGACCGGCCAAGCAGGUGUGUGGGGCGUAAACAAACACAACUAUAUUUACUUCAGACACGGAACAUAUUUACAUGGACCAAUAUCACGAUAUCCUUCGACAGAUUCCAAGUGGACGCGUAUUAGUGGUGGCUUAAAGGAAAUUAGCUCAGGCUACGAUAUUGUAUGGGGCGUAAACAGACACGAUCAUAUAUUCGUGAGAAGAGGUAUUUCAAAGACUCGUCCUGGUGGAACAAAUUGGCAACGAAUUGGAGGUUUGCUAAAGCAAGUAAGUGUGAGUCCUCGAACGAACAAUGUGUGGGGCGUAAACAGACGUGAUCAGAUCUUCUACAGAAAUGGUGCAAAUCCCCUAAAUCCUGUUGGAAAAUCAUGGCGACAUAUUUCCGGUGGCUUAAAAUACGUAUCUGUUGGAGACUCUGGUGUAUGGGGAGUUAAUAGUCGUAAUCAAAUAUUUUAUCGUAAAGGCACUAGAGGUGGUCACAGCGCUGGUACUGGUUGGCAGCGCAUUACAGGAUCAUUAAAACAAAUACAUUCUGGACACGACAUAGUGUGGGGAGUCAACAAACACGAUCACAUAUUUAUAAGAGAAGCUGUCAGCGCAAAACACCCGACCGGUUUGCGUUGGAGAAGAAUUGGUGGUGGACUGAAGUAUGUAUCAGUGAGCAGCUACGAUGGUAGUGUAUGGGGAGUGAGCAAGUUUGAUCAUAUCUUUUACAGACGGGGUGCCAGACUUGUUAAUGUCGGAUACACGCCUUGGACCCGUAUGUCUAAAUGCAGUCGUACUUGUGGUGGAUACCGAUAUCGAUAUAGAUACUGUGUAAGAUAUUCACCUGGCUGUGGAAGGGCAUUGUGUCUCGGAAAAACUGUGUUAAAGUACCCAUGCAGUAACUCUUGUUAUCCAAAAUGGCCGCAGGAUUUUAAAUGGAGUUAUGCUGGGCCAAUCAAGAAUCGUAAAUGCGUCCAGAUAAUCGAGCCAUCGGAUCCACAUACCUGGAGAGACAAUUUCCUUUGUUGGUUGAAAAGGCGAUACAAUCCUGGGUUUAGAUGGUCAUAUGCAGGACUUAUUCGUGGUAUGAGAUGCACUCAAGUUAUCGAACCUUCAGAUCCUCAUACAUGGCGUGACAACUAUUUUUGCGUGCCAACAAGAUCUCCCUAUCAUUUCAGAUGGUCAUACGCUGGACCAAUUAGAGGAUUGUCUUGUAUAAGGUUUUUGGAACCAUCUGAUCCUCACACGUGGCGCGACAACUAUUUGUGUCAUCGCCGAAUGUAAAAUGUCUGAAGCAUAUCCUGACAAUAUCUUCUUUUCUUGCU